UGCCCGGGCCCCGGAAGUGACGGGUUUGGGGGCUGCGGGGAGCGGAGGAGCUGAUCGUCGGCCCGGGGACGGGGGGCCGGAGCGGGCGGGACGGGACGGCACGGCACGGCCAGCGGCGCCCGCAAGCACCCCCGCCACACUCGGCCUUUGCUAGGCAGAAGGCUUGGAGUGCAGCGUCCAUGUCUGUCCCGAGACCACCGAGUGAAGUGUGUGGGGGGUCCAAAAACAGCGGCCAGAGAAGCAAUGUCGAACUAACGGAACUGCUGGAUGACAAACCCAAACCCCAGGCUGGUGGGAGCUCUGCAGCCGGAAUGGAAGUUAAGACAGACCCUGGAACACAAAAUGAGGAGGAAGAGGAAGAGGAGGUGCGAGUGCUGACCCUCCCUCUCCAGGCUCAUCAUGCAAUGGAGAAGAUGGAGGAGUUUGUGUACAAGGUUUGGGAGGGCCGUUGGCGAGUGAUCCCUUAUGACGUGCUCCCUGAUUGGCUGAAGGACAACGACUAUCUCCUUUAUGGACACAGGCCACCUAUGCCCUCAUUUCGAGCUUGCUUCAAGAGCAUCUUUAGGAUCCACACGGAGACCGGUAACAUCUGGACGCAUCUAUUGGGUUUUGUGUUUUUCCUGGGUCUGGGAAUCUUGACCCUCCUGAGGCCCAAUAUGUACUUCAUGGCCCCUCUGCAGGAGAAGGUGGUCUUUGGAAUGUUCUUCCUGGGAGCUGUCCUCUGCCUCAGCUUCUCCUGGCUCUUCCACACAGUGUACUGCCACUCCGAGAAAGUCUCCAGAACGUUCUCCAAAUUGGACUAUUCAGGAAUCGCCUUGCUCAUUAUGGGCAGCUUCGUGCCCUGGUUGUAUUACUCUUUCUACUGCUCCCCCCAGCCCCGGCUCAUCUACCUCGGGAUCGUCUGUGCUCUAGGGAUAUCAGCCAUUAUUGUUGCUCAGUGGGACCGAUUUGCGACGCCUAAGCACCGGCUAACAAGAGCAGGUGUAUUUCUGGGUCUUGGCCUGAGUGGUAUAGUACCCACUUUACAUUUCACCAUCGCUGAAGGUUUUGUAAAGGCAACGACUGUUGGACAGAUGGGCUGGUUUUACUUGAUGGCUGCAAUGUACAUCACCGGGGCUGGGUUGUAUGCAGCUCGCAUUCCAGAACGUUUCUUCCCUGGAAAAUGUGAUAUCUGGUUCCAGUCGCAUCAGUUGUUUCAUGUCCUGGUGGUAGUUGCAGCCUUUGUUCACUUCCACGGUGUGUCCAACCUGCAGGAAUUCCGAUAUGGGCUUGAAGGAGGGUGCACAGAUGAUUCGCUGCUCUAAAACCCAGGACUGCUGCAGAGAAUUCUUAUCAAUGAGACCUAAAGUGCAUUGAACCUUCUCUUUCUUCAUUUUCUUAUACACAAAAAAAAAUUGUCUCUCGCCUACCCUCCCCUCAGAAACAAAACUUUUGAAAAGGACAGAUUCUUUUAUCAGUGAAAUGAGCGCGGGCAGGGCAGAGUCAGUGAAAGAAGCUGGGUGAAUAUUAGCGAGGAUGUUAGACCCUGCCAAACCCCCAGUCACAGUAACUUCAUUCAGAGAGCCCCCAGAAAGGAGGCAACACUAAGGACAAUGGGAACUCCUGUCAACCAGAAUAAACUUGGCCGGUGGUGAUUGGUCCAUCCAUCAGCCUGUUGGAAACCCUUGCAGCUGGAGGAGCUGAAGUGAACCUCGACACUGCCACAACAACAUCUCAAGUUCAUACAUCACUCUUCACUUAAAAAUAAAAUCCCAAGGGGCUUUGCAGGAACACAAUCAAACUAAAUUUGACACUGAGCCACACAAGGUGGCAGAUGACUGAAAGGUAGGUUUUAAGAAGCAUUUGAAGGAGGGGGUGGUUCUGUCAGCUGAAGGACAGGCACCAGUGAUGGAGAGACUAAACUCAGAGUGCUCAAGAGCUUGGAGUUGGAGGACCACAGACCUCAAAGGGAUUUAGGGCUGGAGGGGAUUACAGAGGUACGGAGGGGAGAGGCCAAGGGAGGUUUAAAAAGGUGAGAAUUUUGAAAUCAGAUUGUGCUUACCUGGAAGCCCAUUUGAAUCAGACGCACGGGUGAUGAAUGAGUUGAGGUUGUUGUGAGUAAGAGCACAAGCAGCAGAAUUUGAACGGCCUUCUCUAUGGAAGGUAGAACUAAGGAUGCCAGGGAUGUAGUGAAGCCAUCAGGUUUUGGCAGUUAACAACAAGGAUUGUGUCGGGGGGGUGGGGGAAGUGCGUGCAGCAGCAGAGCUGAGGCAAGGCUGGAGCCAGGCAGGAUUUCUGAAGUGUUGGAGCAAAUGUGUGGGAAUGCCAUAUUAAGAAUCAAAAUGACACUAAAACUGCAACAGUCUGGUUUAGUCUCGGGCAGUUGCAAGGAAGAGGAAUGGAACUGAUGGAGUUUGUGGAAGUGACUGAAUGCACUGGUUCCAUAGAACAACAAUACAGCACAAUACAGGCCCUUCGGCCCACCAACAUACUCAUGUUUCACUUGCCUCAACACACAUUUGAAGGGAAUUUCUGCUUAUCCAGUGCUGGAGAUCAAUAAAGCUGCCUAAUAAAUUGGAGAUGUUGAAAGAGAGGUAGUGGUGAGGUGAAGCUGGAUGUUGUCAUGUAGAAACUGCUACUGUUUUUCAAUUAUAUCACUGUGUAGAUGAGAAAUAUGAGUGGGCCUAGGAUGUAUCCUUGUGAGCGUGUGGGGGUCUCCAGAGAUAACAUUGCAGGGGUGGGAAGAGAAGUGAUUGCGAACAAUGCUUUAGUUAGGCCCAGGUGGUAGGAAUAGAACAAGGAGACUAUACACAGUGAAGAGGCUUUGGAGGAAGAUAGUGUGGUUAACCUUGUCAGAGGAGGCUGUAGCUGGAUUGGGAGGUGAGGAGAGAGAGAUUACAAUUGUCCACUCACAUAAGACGUAUUCCGGGAAUGCCUCAUGUCUGGAGAACGCUAGCACACUGAGCACUUUCAGAUCCUUUCCUUUCAUUUGAUCUACUGAGCUGCUACUCUUCAGCAGCUGAAAUCCAUUGGCAAGGACUGUGACUGAGUGUGGGGCGAAAAUAAAACUAGAACAGUAGCGCUGACAAAUGGGCACUUUACAGUAAGUGAUGUAGGGUAGCGCACAGUAUUUAUUUAAAGGGGCUUUAAGAUUGCUUGUAUAGAUAUGUAUAUUUCUUCACAGGUAUUAUAAAUUAAUUUCCAGAAGGGAGAGUAACAAAUGUACGUAGUUAAUGCUAGACCUGACACUGAUGAAGAUAAGUAAUCUGUACCCUGCAAUAAAAAAGAUUGGUCUAGA